AAGGGAAAGUGAAAGGACCCAGCGAGGCCGACGGAGUCACAGGAAGACGUGGGACAAGCAAGGCCCGGCCUCCCAGUGACCCCCAGAGACCCCCAGUCCCAGCGCCUGCCCCCCACAUGGACAGAGACAAGCCCCCCCCGGAGCCACACGGGGGCUUCGCCUUCGAGAACUGCCUGAGGAAUACGGCUCUGGCGAAGGCUGGGGGCCCCCAGGGUUUCCUGCCCCCCAAGGCCAGGAAAACAGGAACGACCAUCGCUGGCCUCAUCUACAAGGAGGGGAUAAUUCUCGGGGCCGACACUCGCGCCACCGAUGACAUGGUUGUAGCUGACAAGAACUGUGAGAAAAUCCAUUACAUCUCACCCAACAUCUAUUGCUGUGGGGCGGGGGUGGCGGCUGACGCCGAGGUGACGACCCAGAUGCUUUCGUCCAACAUGGAGCUGCACUCGCUGGCCACCGGUCGCCCGCCCCGGGUGGCCACCGCCUGCCGCUUCCUCAAGCAGAUGCUGUUCCGGUACCAGGGUCACAUCGGGGCGUCGCUGAUCCUGGGGGGCGUCGACUCCACCGGGCCCCACCUGUACAGCGUCCACCCCCACGGCUCCACCAGCAAACUGCCCUUCACCUCCAUGGGCUCUGGGGCCGCGGCGGCCAUUGCGGUUCUUGAGGAUCGGUUCCAGCCAGACAUGGAGCUGGCGGAGGCCCAGGAGCUCCUGGCCGACGCCAUCACGGCCGGGGUGCUGGGUGACCUGGGCUCGGGGAGCAACGUGGAUCUGUGUGUCCUCACCCGGGGGGGGGCCCAGAUCCUGCGCCCCUUCCGCACCCCCAUCGCCCGCGGGCAGAGGCAGGGCCGGUACCGGUACCGGGCCGGCACCUCGGCGGUGCUGAGCGAAGCCGUCGCCCCCCUGCGGCUCCAGCUGCUGGACGAGACGGUGACCGGGAUGGACGUCGACUGAGCGCGGCCGGCGCGGGGGGGCCCCGAGAUACCGCCCCCCCCGCGGAGACACCGACCCCCCCCGCGGAGACACCGACCCCCCCGCGGGCACCG